UUUAAUCAUAUAAAACUCCAGUUUCGGUUUGGGUGCUGCUUUGUCAAUGUAGAGUGUCCUGCAGUUGCUCCAACUGUCCGGUGGAUGUCGCGUUAACUCCUGGAAAUCCCACUUCCAACCUUUUGCUUGGAAGAGACACGCCGACACCACAUUCAAAAUGGCCUCUAUUAGCGACUGCGCUGGACGUGGAUCAAAAUGUGCAUAAACAACACCGAGCCGUUACUUUACUCUCCAUCCUUAACGCUACAGCGUUCGGAGGCGCGAUGUCAUGAAUGUACUGGACUGGCAGAAUCAGCGGAGUACAUAAGAUGAGAGCUUGUUUUGCAGACAACCCAGCCGAACCGGGGUCCCGCCGCUGCAGCAGGGCUUCAUCUGCCUUUCUGAACCACCGACACCUCCAGUGAAAUGGAAAGAGUGGAGAAUGCUGCUGAUGAGCCGGGACUCGCACCGUACAUCGAUGUCAACGACAACCGGGAGGGGUACAAAGCACGCGUUUGCGGUUCAGACCCCGAAAGAGCACGGGAGGGUUCUGUUUACAGUUCGGCAUAUGCGAAUCCGGGUGGUGCUGGACAGCCCUCUCUCUCCCCGGUGGUGAUGGGGUACAGGGCCGGAGUUUUAAACGGGUUUCCCAAAAAGCUGGAGGUGGGUAUGGUGUGUCCGAAUGGAGAGGGGGGAACCCGGCCCGGCCCGGAUCGGGUUACAGGGACUUCCGAAGCCGAGUGCUGGAAUAAAUCCGACAGAAGCUAUUUAAAUUCACAACUGAGGUCUGCAGUGUCAUUUAUGGGUAUAAACUCGCCGGAUAUGAAGAUGCCUAAUGGAGAUGUUACCCAUGAGCACAUGAACCUUGAUCAGACUCAUUUAAGGUGUUUGGAUUAUGCAGAAGGAGUCAACAGGAAGGUGCCUGCUUUAGACAAAGGUGUGAAAGUGGGUAAUGGGGGGUUGUUGAUUGUGAACACUUAUGACACCCUUUCUCAAGUCCCCUUUAGAGCCUUGGGUAGCCUUCCUGCUCCAGAAAGCCGUGUCUUUGUUCAACAAAGCGACAGUGUCCUCUCCACAGGGAGGUCAUGUGAAAGGAUCAGUCGUGCCAGUGCUGAGAGCUCAGAGGAGGCCCAGCCCUGUGACCCGGAUCCUGCAGACACCCUGUCAGACCUCAGUGCCAAGCUGUCCUUUUCUCCCCUGGCAGAAAACACCAGCGAUUACACAGAGACAGACCCAAGCCCAGAGGAGGACUUCAGCGACAUGGGCCCUCCUCCCCUCAGGCCCCAGAACCUCCGGACUAACUCUGGUCACACAGUCUCCCUCAGCUGUGAUGCCACUCCUCUGAGCCCCGGGGAUGAUGGGUAUUUUGGAGCAGAGGGCGGUGUGGAUGAAUAUCUCGGCUCUGUUAAAGCAUUCGAGGGAGGCCGGCGGCAGAGCGCUCCAGACAGGGUCGCUGCUGACCCUGAUGCUUCAUAUGACCAGAUGCUUGGCACUAAGAGACACGGCAUUGCUGAGUUCCUGACCAGGAGUUUGUUUUCCUGGAAGCCCAAAGCAUCUCACAGUGCUCCAGGAUGGAAGCUGUUUGGGAAAAAUCCACUGCAGGACAACCCUCUGAAAAACUCUAGAACCAUACAACAGGAGUAUGAGUCCAGGGCGGGGCCUGCCACAGGACCACCCCCUCACCCUCAGCCAAUGAGAUGCAAGAAUCUGGAGUUUGAGCCUUUGUCCACCACCGCUCUCAUUCUGGAAGACAGACCUCCGAACCUGCCAGCUAAAUCAGAAGAGGAAUCUCAGAGACACCGGCAGGAAUACAGCGAGAUGGUUGCAGGGGCCAAGCGAAGGGAGAUGAAAGAGGCACAGAAGAAAAAACGUCAAUUGAAGGAGCGAUACCGACAGGAGGAGAACAUCGCCAAUGCCAUGGUGAUCUGGAACAUGGAAGUCCUGCCUAAUUGGGAAAGCAUGCGUAACACACGGCGUGUACGAGACCUUUGGUGGCAGGGCGUCCCGCCCAGCGUCCGCGGCAAGGUCUGGAGCCUCGCCAUUGGGAAUGAGCUCAACAUCACCCCAGAGCUGUAUGAGAUCUUCCUGUCCAGAGCCAAAGAGAAGUGGAGGAGCUUCAGCGAGACGAGUUCAGUCAAUGAAAAUGAAGAAUGUGGAGUUUCACUGGCAGACAGAGAGUCGAGUCUGGAUUUAAUCAAGCUGGAUAUUUCCAGAACUUUCCCCUCUCUAUACAUAUUCCAGAAGGGUGGACCAUAUCAUGAUAUAUUGCACAGUGUGUUGGGGGCGUACACCUGUUACAGACCUGAUGUCGGCUAUGUUCAGGGGAUGUCCUUCAUUGCUGCUGUUCUAAUUCUGAAUUUGGAGGAAGCCGAUGCCUUCAUUGCCUUUGCCAACCUCCUAAACAAACCAUGCCAGAUGGCCUUCUUCAGAGUGGACCAUGACCUGAUGCUGAAGUAUUUUGCAGCAUUUGAGGUGUUUUUUGAGGAGAACCUUCCCAGACUAUUCCAGCACUUUCAGAACAACAGCUUGACGCCUGAUUUUUACCUCAUAGACUGGAUCUUCACUCUGUACAGCAAGUCGUUACCGCUGGACGUGGCAUGUCGUGUUUGGGAUGUGUUUUGCCGAGAUGGAGAGGAGGCGUUAUUCCGAACAGGACUGGGAAUUCUGAGACUGUACCAGGAUGUUCUACUGCAGAUGGAUUUCAUCCAUAGUGCACAGUUCCUUUCCCGGCUGCCUGAAAACACUCCUGCACACGCACUCUUCUCCUGCAUCGCAAACACACAGAUGAUCAGUAACAACCGCCGGUGGAACCAGGUCUUUUCUGCUCUGAUGAAAGAUGGACUCAAAGAAACUGACAAAAGCAGCAGCAGCAACAGUCCUGCCUUAAGAAGCUAACAGCUGACUCUCUCCCAGAGGAAGUGAUGAUGUUUCUGAGACUCUGAAGAGAUGCCGGUCAUCACUCAGCACUUUGACCUCUGCAGUGUGCCCGAGGGCGACCCGAACGUCUGAGGGACAGCUCAGGCUCAGCCCCCAUGUGCUGAAUGUCCUGUUUGAAGUAUCUCCUAAUGAACCUGUGUCAUGUGGAAGGGACAUUUCUUCACUUGCGCUCGCUAGCGUGUUUAUGCGUGUGUUUGUGUAAGAAUUAAAUGUGAGUCAGGUGACUGUAUAAUGUGCCAACUUUGUCAAUGUUACUUUUGUAAUGUUGUGACUA